AUGCGAUUCACCGUCCCACUCGUCGGUGCCUUUGCCAUGGCUGCCGCGGCUGUUCCACACGUCCCCCGCGAGGUUCUCGCAUAUAGAAGUUGGGACCUCCGCCUCCUCAACACCGCCAUCCCAACCUGCAACCCAAACAACUCCAACCUCGACGCGAGUAUCUACCACCGCUACGGUCGGUACGAUUCGGCCUGUCAAAUCCUGGAGACUGAUUAUAAUGCCACGAAUGUGAAGAGUGUGUCGUGGAAGAGUCCUAGUGAAGAUGACUGGCAUGAUCUGUGCAUGUUUAGUACGGAGGAUUGCUCGGGCGGCGAGGCUACCCUGUUAGGCUCGAUUACGGAUGGGUGGGAGGUGUGUUAUCCGUAUAAUGGAUUCCGGGGUUGGUCUGUUGUUGCGCAUGGAACUGCUUGUGUUUGA